GGUUUAAUAAAUAGACGGAAGUUUAAAACCACAAAUCUUCUCGAACAUUCAACCCUGCUAGCUCACCCGCACUUAAUUUCUUUUCUACAGUACCGUGUUGAGCUCUCUCUGGGUAUCCAUCAAUGUCUGAAGAAGUUACUUAUGCAGAUUUGAAAUUCCAGAAUUCCAGUGAGAGGGAAAAUAUCCAGGUAUUUUAUAAGCUUGAGGAAAAAGCACCUCCUGCCCCUUCUUAUGUAUGGCGUCAAAGAGCCUUGUGUCUCACCCUUCUGUGCCUUCUGCUGCUCACUGCGUUGGGAGUCUUAGCAAGCAUGUUUUAUGUAACUUUGAAGAUAGAAAUGGAAAAAACAAAUGAACUACAGAAUGUCAAAGAAGAACUACAGAGCAAUAUUUCUCUUCACCUGAUGAAUAUUACAGAUAGCUCCCAGAAGAUCAGGAAUCUCUCCAUCACACUGCAAAAUAUAGCCACCAGGUUAUGCUAUGAGCUAUAUAAAAAAGAACCAGAGCACAAAUGUAAACCUUGUCCAAAGAAUUGGAGGUGGCACAAGGAUAUGUGUUAUAGUCUAAGCAGUGAAUUACAAACAUGGCAAGAGAGUGAAGUGAUCUGUUCUGGUCAGAAUGCCAGCCUGUUGACGAUUAAGGACAAGAGUGUGUUGGACUUUAUAAAAUCACUAAGCUCAUACCACUACUGGCUGGGAUUAUCUCCCAAAAAAGAUUAUACAUACGUUAAGAACUUGGGUGAGAUAAUUAAUUCCUCUGAUUGGUUUAUUGGAAACACAGAUCACUCAAAUAAGAAGUUUUGUGGAUAUAUAUAUGGAAUGAACGUUUAUUAUGCUUACUGCAUGGGCAGAAAAGGAUACAUAUGUGAGAAGAUGGCCGAUUCGGUGAAGACUGAAAGUACACUGACGAAUGAAGUUGAAGAUGGAAGUUAGGGUGACGAUUUUGCUUCAGCUGAGAGUCUGCUUGAAGGCAACUUUAGGGAGCUUGCAUCUCCUGGACCACACCGAAGGAAUAAAAAUACGAACUAUCUGCUUCUGUCCUGGCAUUAUGUCUUCCUACUUUCUUCUUCCUCCUCACUUGUGGAAUAAAAGGAGCCCAAAGUUA